AUGAGCAAUUCGGCUGCUUUGGCACAAUCAUCACACGCGGCUGUGUUUCUUGCCUUCUCCCUCGUCUGGUUCUUCAGCCAUGCCGUCCUUGCCGCCGGACACCCUGACUAUGCCGACGCGCUCGCCAAGUCGUUGCUCUUCUUCCAGGGGCAGAGGUCCGGCCCCCUGCCGCCGGACCAGGCCGUCAAGUGGAGGUCCAACUCCGCCAUGUCCGACGGCUCGGCCGCAAACGUCGACCUCACCGGCGGCUACUACGACGGCGGCGACAAUGUCAAGUUCAAUUUCCCCAUGGCGUUCACCGCGACCAUGCUGUCAUGGAGCAUCAUCGAGUACGGUGGGCGGAUGGAGGGAAGCGUUCACGACGCGCGCGCCGCUGUAAGGUGGGCGACGGACUACCUCCUGAAGGCUGCCAAGGCGACCCCGGGAAAACUCUACGUCGGAGUGGGCGACGCCGACGCCGACCACCGCUGCUGGGAGCGGCCGGAGGACAUGGACACGCCGCGGAAUGUGUACGAGGUGUCGGCAUCCGCCCCGGGUUCCGACGUCGCAGGGGAGACCGCGGCCGCGCUCGCCGCGGCCAGCCUGGUCUUCAAGGCCGCCGACCCGGACUACUCCAGGAGGCUGAUUGCGGCGGCCAGGGACGUGAUGGCGUUCGCUUGGCAGCACCAGGGGAAGUACAGCGACCACGUCGGCGGCGGCGUUAGCAACUACUACCCGUCCUACUCCGGCUACAAGGACGAGCUCCUAUGGGGAUCUGCAUGGCUGCUCUGGGCUACCAAGAACAGCUCCUACCUCAACGACCUCAUGUCCCUCGGCGCCAACGACGGCGUGGACAUGUUCAGCUGGGACAACAAGCUCGCCGGGGCGCGCGUGCUUCUGUCACGGAGGGCUCUGUUGGACGGGGACAAGAGGCUGGAGCCGUUCACGCGUCAAGCGGAGGAGUACAUCUGCCGCGUCCUGCCCAAGUCCAGCUCCCCGUCGUCGACGACGCCGUACACGCCGGGCGGGCUGAUGCACCGGUCGGGCAACGCCAACCUGCAGUACGUCGCCACCGCCAGCUUCCUGCUCACCACCUACGCAAAGUACAUGGCCGUCUCCAAGCGCGCAUUCUCCUGCCAGAACCUCCCCGUGACCUACAAGGCCCUGAGGGCCCUGGCCAAGAGGCAGGUGGACUACGUGCUGGGCGACAACCCGCUGGCGAUGUCCUACAUGGUGGGCUACGGCGCGCGCUCCCCGCAGAGGAUACACCACAGGGCGUCCUCGAUGCCGUCCGUGGCCGCCCACCCGGCGCACAUCGGCUGCCAGGAGGGGUUCCAGAGCUACCUCUACGCCGGCGGCCCUAAUCCCAACUUGCAUACCGGUGCGGUCGUCGGUGGGCCGGACCAGAACGACGCGUUCCCGGACGACCGCGCCGACUACGCGCGGUCGGAGCCCACCACGUACACCAACGCGCCCCUCGUAGGUUGCCUCGCCUACUUUGCUGGAAGCUACAAGAAAUGACCACGGCUACCAUGUGGAAUCUUUAUAAGAAUAUAUAUAGAAAAAAAAAUUCACCA